AUGGCAACUAAUAGAAGUGUUACUGUCGAAAAUUUAAUUACUUGUAUGAUUUGCCGUGAGUCUUUCAAGGAUCCACGUCUAUUACCUUGUUGGCACACUUAUUGUUGGGAAUGCAUUGAACGUAUGGCUUCUGAGAAUAAAGACCAAUUUGAAUGUCCACUACGAGAUGGAUUUGUAGCAAUGAAAGAAGACAUCAGUUCAUUACCUCUUAAUCGAGCAAUACGUGAUUUAGUAGAAUUACACGAUUCGGUCAAAGAUUUGAAUCGGUGUACUAAUUGUCACUCAGCCGAUGCUAUAUAUGCAUGUAACAAAUGUGAAAAUGAAAACUUUUGUUCAUCAUGUUAUGAAACUGCUCAUGCCGCUCCAGUUAUGCAAAAACAUCAACGUGUCUCCAGUCAUGAAAACCCACCGGUAACCAUUCCAUGUAUAACACAUCCGAAGAAAUCAUUGGAAUAUUGGUGUUCUAAAUGCUCGACACUUAUAUGUAUUGAUUGUCUAUUAUUUCAACAUAAAGAUCACAAUAAAAUUUUGUUAGAUGAUGCCAUACAAGGAUUCAAAACUAAGAUAAAUAUUGAUUUACAUAGUAUUCAAUCUUCUUUAAACGAUAAAAUCAAUGAAACAGAUAUAUUAUUAAAUAUAAUUGAUAAUAAUAGUAAAUUUAGUCGACAAAAAAUGACUGAAACUAUGGCAGAAAUACGUCGGGUUAUGGAUGAUCAUGAGAAGAACAUAUUACAAAAUAUUUUCUAUACUGAAAAAGAACAAAAAAAACGAAUUGAAGAUUAUAAAAUUCCCUUGACGAAUGAAUUGCAACGUCUGAAUAUGCAAAAAGUAUCGUUUGAAAUGCUUUCAUCAAUGAGAAAUCGUACAAAACUAUUAGAAGCCAAAGAAAGAUUUGAUGAUUAUGUGAAUAAAACAAAUGAAAAAUUAAAAUCGUUACAAAUGCCACCUGUAACUGACUACUUUUUAGAAGGAGUCGAUCAAUUACAAAGUGUAAAAGAAAAAAUUCUUCAAUGUGGAGAAUAUGUUGAAAUUUCACGAUAUCACAAUCCGCAACUUGAAAAAUUCAUUAGUGAAAACGGAACAAAGCAAGAACUUGAUUUAAAGCUUAGAAAUUUAACCGAUUCUGAUAUGAUCUUUGUUGCUGAUAUGUUACGAAAUAGCACGGUACAGAAAUAUUUCUUAAGAACUACAGCUUUUCUUGAAUAG